AUGGAGUUACCUGUACGGAUUGCCAUAGCUCAGAAAGGCGUCCAUAUCGGUCACGACCUUCUGAUGGAAAUAUUUGACCCCAAGUCUGAGAAGUAUAGACAUUAUUUGAGCGCAAAAGAGGUGGGCGACAUGUUCAGGCCCUCUAGUGAAUAUAUUUCCUAUUUUCGCAAAUGGCUUCGUAACUCUGGCAUUGGCCUGGAUAGACAUCCUGUCUCUGCGGGUCGCGGCUGGCUCAAGUUUAAUGCUAAUGUCCAGGAGCUGGAGUCUCUACUUCUUACGGAGUACCAUGUCUACCAACAUCAUGAGACUAGGGAAGAGCUUUACCAAAUAGAUGUUAUCUUGUUUCAAGUUGACGAUCUCAAAGCGACUGAGACCUAUCAAGGCUUUGCAAAUACCUUCCUUGACGCUAUUGACAUGUCAUAUUGCACAUUCGAAGGUGGAGAUGAUCCUCUUUUCGAUCCUCAAGAGAGAUGUGGAGCCCAAACUAUAAUCAAUGUCAUCUCCGUAUCGUACUGCAUUGCGGAAGGUGCAUACUCCUACUUUUACAUCAAUAGGCAAUGUCAAGAGUAUAUGAAGUUCGGUCUCCAAGGCUUCUCAAUCAUCUAUUCUUCCCAAGACAGCGGUGUGGAGUCUGGAGGUCGUAUACAUCCAGACAAUGUUAAUAAGACAACACUUGCGGCCAAUCCAGGUGCUUUCUCGCCUGGAUGGCCUGCUGCUUGCUCCUGUGUAACGUCUGUUGGUGCUACUAAGAUUAACCCAGGAGAGAGUUUCUCCGAGAGCGCUGCCCCAAUACCUGGCGGUGACCUUUAUUCUGGUGGAAGGUUCAGUAACCUCUGA